AUGUCAGCCUCGUCUCCUGCACGAGUGUCGAUCCGACACCCACACAACUACAACGGCGUACGGCGGUCAUUGGACCAAGAGACACUCGACUACUACGGGAUACCCAACGAGGACGAAUCGGUCCAUAAGCCGCGUCCGCCCCCGAAGUCUGCGACGAGCAGCCCCGCCAUCAGCGUCAAUCCGAAUCCGCCCCCGCGUCCCUCCCGCGCCAACACCGCCACACUGGACGACGAAUUCGAGGAUCUCUACGACGAGCCCGUGCCUGCCCCUGAGAUGUUGUCGCCCAAGGAGCUCCCUGCGGCCCCCUUGCCCACUCCAUCUGCAUUUGGCACACGCUCUCGCUCUGGCACUGGCACAGCCAAGGGCAAGAAGAGCAUGUUCAGCUUCAUGGACAACUUUUUGACCGCGCAGAAAAAACCGGAAAUAUCGACACCAUACGACCCAGUCCACCUCACACACGUCGGCUUCAACUCGUCCACGGGCGAGUUCACCGGUCUGCCCAAGGAAUGGCAGCAGCUGCUUUCCGAUUCCGGCAUCUCCCGCCUCGAACAGGAGCGCAACCCCGAGGCAGUCAUGGAGGUCAUGAAGUUCUACCAAGAGACCAAUGGCGCCGUGGCCAUUGGCGAUGUCUGGGACAAGAUGAACCCCGGAUCGCCCACGGGCGGCAAGUCAUCACCGCCCGACCUGCCCUCCAAGCUGCCCAAUGGGUUCCAGAACCCGCGCCCCCCGCCACAGCCACCGACCAAGAAGCAGACGUCGCCACAGGCUGCGUCCCCUGCCCCCUCUGCCUUUCGCCCGGCCCCAUCCGCACCCUCUACGGCCGCACCGUCCCUCUCGCUCGACCGCUCCAAGUCCCAGCGCAGUCCGCCCUCGCCCCAGCCCCAGCCCGAAGUUGCGCGCUCCAAGUCCCAGCGCGAGCCCCCGAGAGCGCCCAGCGCCACCCGCCCCGCCCCCCAGCCAGGCCAGAAGAUCGCACAGGGUCACCACGUGCGCGAACGCGCCGACAAGAACACGCCCCAGCCCAGCCCCGCCCUCGCCAGCCUCGCCAAACAUGCCCCCGACAAGGCCCCCACUCAGUUCAGCGGUGUCGCUCCCCCCGGCUCCACCGCCACCCCGAGACGGCGCGAAAAGAAGGAAAAGAGCGACGGCGACAUUGUCAAGCGCUUGCAGGCCAUUUGCACAGACGCCGAUCCCACCCGAUUGUACCGCAAUCUCGUCAAGAUUGGACAGGGCGCGUCCGGAGGUGUGUAUACCGCCUACCAAGUCGGCACCAACCUCUCUGUCGCGAUCAAGCAAAUGGACCUCGACAAGCAGCCGAAAAAAGACCUCAUCAUCAACGAGAUUCUCGUCAUGCGCUCAUCUAGGCAUCCAAACAUCGUCAACUACAUCGACUCGUUCUUGCACAAGAACGAUCUCUGGGUCGUCAUGGAGUACAUGGAGGGCGGAAGUCUCACCGACGUCGUCACCGCCAACCUCAUGACCGAAGGCCAAAUCGCUGCCGUGUCGCGCGAGACCGCCCAAGGUCUCGAGCAUCUCCACCGCCACGGUGUCAUCCACCGCGACAUCAAGAGCGACAAUGUUCUGCUCAGCCUUCAAGGCGAUAUUAAACUCACCGACUUUGGCUUUUGCGCCCAGAUUUCCGAUCCUGCCCAUUCCAAGCGUACGACCAUGGUCGGUACCCCCUAUUGGAUGGCGCCCGAGGUCGUCACGCGAAAAGAAUACGGCCCCAAGGUCGAUAUCUGGAGUUUGGGCAUCAUGGCCAUCGAAAUGGUUGAAGGCGAGCCGCCGUAUCUCAACCAGAACCCGCUCAAGGCUCUGUACCUGAUCGCUACAAACGGAACCCCGACCAUCGCGAACCCUGAUGCGCUUUCGCCCGUGUUCAAGGACUACCUCGCCAAGACGCUCGAGUCGACGCCGAGAAACGACCCGAUGCGGCACAGCUCCUACAGCACCCGUUUUUCCAAAAAGCUGAAUCGCUAA